AUGCCUUCUUCCUGCAAGGAAUUACGACAAGAAUUAGCAGAAUGCAUGUUAAAAUCAGACUGUGUCUUGAAAAAGCGAAAUACUGUCAAAGAAUGUUUUAAAGAAGAACAUCGAGCAGAUGUUCCUGAUGAAUGUCGUAGUAUAAUGAGAGCUUUUGGAGAAUGUAAACGUGGCAUGAUUGACCCUCGUAUGCGUUUCCGAGGCAAUAAACAAUAA